AUGGUUGAGGGCACCGUUGACUGGGAUGAGCCUCUAUCAGAGAAACAACGCGACCAUUGGGAAACUUGGGAGAAUUCUCUGUCGCAUCUUGAGACCUUGUCGAUUCCACGUAGAACUCCUAUUUCUAAAAACGACUUGACAAAUAAAGUCCAUAUAUAUGCUGAUGCUUCAGAACGUGCUAUUGCUGCAGUUGCCUAUCUACAGACUGUGAAUGCCAAUGGAAAGACUUGUACUACCUUUUUACUAGGAAAAUCCAAGGUGGUACCUAAACACGGCCAUUCAAUACCACGUUUGGAGUUGUGUGCAGCUCUGCUUGCUGUCGAAAUAGGAGAGACCAUUUCUGAUCAGUUGUCAUUACCACCUGAACAAAUGACAUUUUACUCGGACAGUAAGGUCGUCUUAGGAUAUUUGAACAACCGCACAAGACGGUUUUAUGUCUACGUCGCGAACAGAGUGAGUAGGAUACUCAAAUUUUCGAAACCAGAACAGUGGUUUUAUGUGGAAUCAGAGAACAACCCUGCAGACCAUGGCACGCGGUUUGUACAUGCCUCACAGUUGAAGGAUAGCAUGUGGAUAUCCGGACCAUCUCAACUUUGUCUACGCUCUCAGCUGAAGGAAGAAUCCUUUUCCCUGUUGGAACCUUCACAAGACGAAAAUGUUCGUCCAGAUAUUGUUUCUGUAAAGACUAAGUGUCAUGUACACCCUCCCCUGUGA